AUGGAACGUAAGAAAUCAAUCAUCGGGAAUCCCACUCGUUCCACUUCAAGCACUACAAGUACUAUUAAGGGAUUACAAUUGUUUAUUGCUGAUCUAAGAUCAUGUCAACAAACUCAAGAACAGGAGAAAAGAAUUCAAACUGAACUUGUGAAAAUCAAACAACAUUUCAAUUCAUCUUCAACGAAAAAUACGUCUCACUCUCAUGGUAGUCAUCAUGAUAAAUUGGGCGGUUAUCAAAGGAAAAAAUAUAUUGCUAAACUAGCAUAUGUAUAUAUCACUUCAAAUACUACGAAAUUAAAUGACAUUUUGUUUGGUCUCGAUCAAACCGUUCAAUUAUUAUCAUCGACAGCAUUUUCAGAGAAAUUCAUCGGUUACAUGACUUUAGAAUUAUUGUACGAGCAUCGACAAGUCGUUGAAAAAGUCAAUGAAAAAGUCACUUAUUAUCUUUUACAAGAUCUUUCCGAAUCAGAUGAUAAUUUUGUUGCGUUAGCGUUGCAUUUCGUAGGUACUGUCGCAUUAUUACCUUUCAAUCAAUUCGCAACAAAUGAUGAAAUAAUAUCUGCUAUUUUCCAGAUCUUAAGAUCCCCAACAUCUUCACAUUACUUGAAGAAAAAGUCAGCGUUAUCAUUCUUGACCUUAUUAAAGGCUAAUCCAGUAAUCCUAACAGAUGACAUGCAAAGGAAACAACUAUGGAUUCAAAGAAUAGUUAGUUUAUUAGACGAUACAUCAAAUUAUAGACUCUGUUUAGCUGCAUUACCUCUAGUAGAAUACAUUGCCAAGAACAUUGACUCCACGUAUUGUAUUAGGUUAGUACCACAAUUGACUGAAAUACUAUAUAAUUGUGUCGUUGUGGGCACGUCAUCUUCAUCAUCAGUGGCAAACCAAUUCCCCAUGGAAUAUAAAUUCGCUAACAUUCCAAAUCCCUGGUUAAUUACAAAGACAGUUUCACUAUUAAGUUUCUUAAUCAUUUCUCAAAACGAAACCACAAACAAGCAGCUUCAAAGUCAUAGUGGGCCCAAUACAUUAUUAUAUGCGAGUAAUUUAAAUCCAGAAGUCUUAAGUAAAUUAAGGCAAUGUGUCACUGUUGCCAUCGAAUUAGGCAUGAGAACAUGUAAUGAUCCUAUGGAGAAGAUUGUUCAAAACACAGUACUUUUCUCACUGAUUAAUUUUGCAUCCAAAUUAGACCCAACAGAUGAUGCUAUUAAGAGUUCAGUGAACGCUUUAUGUUCAUUACUUUCAUCGCCAGAUAUUAAUACGCGAUAUUUAACUCUAGAUUCAUUAUUGAAAUUAUGUUCAUUGAGUGGUGAAGUGGCUAUUAAUUCAGUCCGUUAUAAUAAGAAUCUAGGUUUAAUAUUCAAUAUUUUGAAACAUGAAAGGGAUUCCUCUAUUGUGAGGAAGUGUAUUGAUUUACUUUAUACGUUUACGGAUUCUGAGAAUGUUAAAUUGAUUGUGGAAGAAUUAUUGAAUUUUGUGCUUCAUUCAAGGAAUUUAAAUGAUCCUCAUAUGAAAUCAGAUAUAGCGGUAAAGAUCGCUGUAUUGACGGAGAAAUACGCAAUGGAUUCUAACUGGUUUGUUAUUAUUUCAUUGAAGAUUCUUUCGCUGACAAAUAAUAAUGCACCUUUCAAUGAUGAUGGGAUUUGGCAAAGGUUAUGUCAAAUUGUUGUUAAUAAUUCACAUUUACAUAAAUUAACGUGUGACCAAUUAGUUGAUUAUCUUUACAAGAAUGAAUGUUCAGAAUCCAUUAUCAAGACAAGUGCAUUUUUAUUGGGAGAAUAUUGUGGUAAAGUCCAAGAUAAGAUUUCCAUUGCAAAUCUUUUCAAUCUUUUCACAGAUAAAUAUUCUAUGGUAUCUAACGUAACCAAGGCGAUGAUCUUAACGACAAUGAUAAAAUUAUAUAAUUUUGCACCUGAGAUUGGAUCAUGGGUAAUUAAAUUUUUCCAAUUGGAGUUAAACUCGUUGGAUAUUGAAUUACAAACUAGAUCAUAUGAAUAUUUGAAAAUUAUUCAAAUAUCUAAAAUGAGCGAAUCGAAUGGCAAUGCGAAUAAUAAUAAUAAUUUAAUUAAUGUAUUAUUUAGCCCCAUGCCACCAUUCAUUACCAAAUCUAAUCCAUUAUUGAAAAGGUUAGGUGGCAAUUUACAACCGUCCUCGUCACCAUCAUCAUCAUCACAUAAAGCAAGUGCAGGAAGUACAACUCUAGUUGAGUCGACAACACCAAUGACAACCCCAGGGGUAACACAACGUCCGCCACCGCCUCCUGCAUCAAGAACAAACUCGAUGGUUCCAAAGAGUCAAGAGGAAUAUUAUGUUGAACAAACAAGCACAUUAUCACCAAAUUGGAGAGAAGGGUUCAAUAGAAUGAUAUCCCAUAAACAAGGUAUAUUAUUUACCAGUCCAUUAAUCAAGAUAAUAUACCGAAUUACCGCUGUGAAAACCGAGGAAAGAAUUGACUAUUCUCGAUUACGAGUAGAACUAUCGUAUAUAAAUGAAACCGAAUGGGAUAUUACUGGAUUGUCAAGUGAGAUUUUUCCCUUCAAAGUGCAAGAUAAUCCUGAGUAUAUUAUACAGAAUGUGGCCCUACCGACUCCAACUAAGAUAUCAAUGGGUCAUGGAGAAAGGUCAAGACAAAGUUUUGAGAUAGUUAUAAGGAAACCGUUCGAUGUAGAUAAUUGUGGACCACUUUUGAUGGUACAUUUUAAAUGUGGUGGGAAUGGUUUUAAUCAUGUUAAAUUGAAGCUUGGUGUGGGUAUUACUCAUACAUUGAUCGGUAAUCAAGAUACCGGAUCUAUGCGUCAUGUUAUUGAAUUGCCUGAAUUUAUUCAACGUUGGAAGAUGUUGAGUACAGCAUUGGGUAAAGAUGGUGAGUUUAUAUUUGAUUCGGUACCAUUUAAGAAAGAUGCAACUGUUGAUAUGGAAGAAGCAAGGAUGACUAUUAGACAAAUUUUGAAACGAUUAGGGUUUGAUAUUGUGGAACAAAAUAGUGUUAAGAAUACUAUAUUUGUGUCAGGGAUUAUACAUACAAAGAGCGAUGGGAACUUUGGAUGUUUAAUGAAAGUGAAGUACCAAGACGAUGGGAAGAUAAAUUUGACCUGUAAGACUACCCUGGGCGGGCCAUUGGCUGAGUAUAUAGUUCGGUGCACUAAAUCUGCCAUAUCCAGAUGA